CAGUCUUUAUCUGGAUGUCUUGAGUUUCUUAGCCACCCUGAGUGUGUACAUGUGCAUACAUAUCCCUGGAGCAGGCCUGGGCCACCCUUUCCUAAAAUCCAACCUCCCUGGGUCCCUGAAAGGCCCAGGGACUACUAAGAGCAUGGCGGGACGAGGCCCGAGGGUACACAGGGGUGGGAGGCACCAGUGUGUGCAAAGGGCCCAGCCCUGCUGCUCUUCUGAGCGAGUCCCAACAGCAGGCAGACAGGUGGGGCUCACCUGACAGGUUCCAGAAGCCAGGGGCAAUGAGGCGGAGUCCAGCAAUGACUUAGGGUGGCAACAGGCAACAGCCCCCGUCACACACGCAGACAGAGGCGGUCCUGCCGGGCUUUCCUUCCUGCUAGCAGCCAACCCCGGGUCCAGACCAUGGAGCUUGCCGGCGGCUGAGGGAGCCAGGUGGGCAAGCAUGUUGGGAGGCCUCGCAGCCCAAGGUAUGGCCGGCCCCCUGCGGGGUCGGGUGGAGGAACUGAAGCGGCCCUGGUGGCGGGAGAGCUCGCCCCUGGUGCUGCAGCACAGUGAGGCUGCGCGUCUAGCAGCUGACGCCCUCCUGGAGCGGGGCGAGGCAGCCUACCUGCGAGUCAUUUCUGAGGAGCGGGAACUGCCCUUCCUGAGCGCCCUGGAUGUGGACUACAUGACCAGCCAUGUGCGCGCCGGCCCGGAGCUUGGCGAGGCCCAUGGGCCAGAGGCCUCGGGUCCUGACCGCCUCAGCCUGCUCUCUGAAGCCACCUCAGGCACUUACUUCCCCAUGGCUUCCGACGUGGACCCGCCAGACCUGGACCUGGGAUGGCCCGAGGUGCCGCAGGCCACAGGCUUCAGCCCCACCCAAGCCGUGGUCCACUUCCAGCGGGACAAGGCCAAGAACAUCAAGGACUUGCUGCGUUUCCUCUUCAGCCAAGCUCGCACAGUGGUGGCCGUGGUGAUGGACGUGUUCACUGACAUGGAGCUACUCUGUGACCUCAUGGAGGCCUCAAGCCGGCGUGGCGUCCCUGUCUACCUCCUCCUGGCCCAGGAGCACCUGAGGCACUUCUUGGAGAUGUGCUACAAGAUGGAACUCAACGGGGGGCACCUACCGAACAUGCGUGUGCGGAGCAUGUGUGGGGACACAUAUUGCAGCAAGGCGGGCCGCCGCUUCACUGGGCAGGCCCUGGAGAAGUUCAUCAUCAUCGACUGUGAGCAGGUGGUGGUGGGCAGCUACAGCUUCACCUGGCUCUGCAGCCAGGCACACACCAGCAUGGUGCUGCAGCUGCGGGGCCGCAUUGUGGAGGACUUUGACCGGGAGUUCCGCUGUCUGUACGCAGAGUCCCAGCCUGUGGAGGGGUUCUGCAGCGGUGAGGACCCGCUGUCGCCCCCGAUGCCUCUUACUCCGGCUGUGGCACCAACCUUCAGACCUGGUGUGCCCAGCCCCACCUGCUCCUCACCAUCCAGUACUAGCCUCAGCAGCAUCAAGCACUCGCCUCUCGUGGGCCACACCUCCUACCUGGCUCUACCAGGAGGCCGUGGCUGCAGUGAUAACGAUGGGAUGGGGUCCUCAUCGCCAGGCCCUGCCCGUCGCGAAGCCAGUGGCCAAUCCACCCUGCAACGCCAGCUCUCAGACCCUAACCAUGACUCUUCCACUGGGCCCUUCAGGGCCAACCUAGGCAAGAUAGGGGCAUCUCCAUGGUCCCAGUCCUCCCCUGCCCUCAACCUCAGUGGUGUCAGCCCUUUGGCGCUGACAGUAGGAUCACCUCUGCUCCCUCGCACUCGCCCCCGCCCCCUCUUCCACUUUCCCAGGGGUAUCCCAGCUCUGUCUCGGCUCCCAGAAAAUGGGAUUCUUGGAAGCCAGGAGCCUAGCCCUCUGCGAGGCCCUCGGGGACCUGGCAUGGGCCUGGAGACAGUGGAGGAGAAAAGGGUUUGUCUGAGCCGGAGUCAUGGCCAGCUGGACCUGCUUGUCCCCUUCUCUAGAGCCCGAGAAGUGGGAGGCCCCGACCCUGCAGUCACCCCUAACUCGGGGUCCCUUCAGCCUGCUGACCACGCCCCACAGGACAGGAAGUUGUCCUCAAGCCAGAGCUACAGCAACCUGGAUCUCCUGUCUCAAGCCCAGGGUUCUGGGGACGCCUUUGAGUCAGGUUCCCUCAGACUUGGUGAUCAGGCCCCAGAGGACAGGAAGCCAGCCCCAAGCCAGAGCCAUGGUCACUUGGACCUCCUGGCACAGUACCCUAAGGCCCAGGACCCCCGAGUGCCCCCUGAAGCUAACUCCUCAGCCAGGACUGGGAAACAGGGUCCAGAUGAGCGACGGCAGACCCUGGGUCAUAGCCAGCUGGACCUCAUUACCAAGUUUGGUCCAUUCCGGAGCGAGGGACCUGGACCCAGCACUCUUCCAGGACCGAGCCCUGGUUGUGUGGCUGGGGGAGGCCCUGCAGAUCAGAAGCGGCUGACCUUGGGCCACAGCAAGCUGGACCUCAUCACCAGGUAUCACCAGUUCCAGAGUGCCAGGCACGGACCCGAACCUAGCCUCCCUGGGGGUCCCAUGGGAGGCCACUGCAAUGGUAGUAGCCACGACCUGCUUGAAGACGAGAAGCGGCUGACCUUGGGCCACAGCAAACUGGACCUCAUCACCAAGUACAAUAAGUCCAAGUUCAAGCUGCUGCGAAGUCGCUUUGAGUCCUAGGCUUGCUUCUCGCUGGGACUGAUUUCUGCUCUAAUUAUGGGGACUCUGGACUUUGGGGGAUGGGGAGACUUGAGGCAGAGGCCACCAGGCCGAGUCAGAUGGCAGGGAGUGUCUAGAAGUCCAGGUUACGUAUACCUGGCCCAGGAUCCUUGCUGCCUCACACUCAGAGAACUGGAUCUCACAGUGACCUAAUGCCUACUGCAUGCAACUAUGCUGGGCCCUUCAUACCCUUGACUUCCCCUUCAUCCUCACAACAUCCCACAAGGCAGAUCUUUCGUGGGGAUAUAAUUAUGAGAUAAUAGGUAUUAUUCCUCCUUUCCAUAAGUGUGGGAUCUGAGGCCAGAGAGCUUGGAUGACUUCCUUGCAGACAGGUCCAAGCCUGGGAGGGAAGGGGGACCUCUGCCAGACCUGUCUCUGGCUUUAAAGAGAGUGCUUUUCACACAGACGUGACACACAUCAGCCACAGUUCACAAGUCCCCAAGCACUGAAAAUAGCAGACAUUGCAAACACUAUACAGUACACCCAGCACAGACAGGGUCCACGGGCUCAGAGGCACACAGCAGGAGACAAACACUCAGGUAUUCCAUCUGUGCCAUUUGACUAAAUGGGGGGCUACACAAAGCUGAUGCUUUCAGUCCUCACUGUAGACACCCUUAAGAUCCAGAGACCAAGGAUAUGCACAGAAUGCAACACACACACAUACAUCUGGUAUUUCUUUGAAUCUAAGUUGGAUUCCCAGCUUUGCUGGAUCUGCCAUUGGUCUGAUAAAUAAAUGAUCCUGUGACCCAAGGCAUAGGAAUUAAGUGCAUAAAGAAACCAAGGCAGAGCUGAGUGAUAGAGGGAGCUGGAGAAGAGUCAGCCAUGAGGAGGUGGCGUGGUCAGGAGGACGUAGAGGGGACUGCCUUUGGGGCAGGCCUUGAAGGACGGCAGGUUUGGGACAGACGGAGGAGGGAAUGAGAGGAAUUCUGGGUAGAGGGAACUGAAAGUUGCCCGAGAGAGGACAGAGAAGGUGGAUCUGAAGUGAGCUUGGGAGAAUGAGAGCCCGUGGGUUCCUCUUCCCAGAUGUCUUACAGCACAGUCUGAGAUGGGCUGUGGAUCCCUUUCCUGGGCUCACGCCCUGCCUGCAGGACAGUACACACAAUUCAGACUAAUAAAAGCAGAUAUGGCUAUGCCCCAGAAGCAGCCUGGUGCAACCUGAGGAGUUCCAGGAUCUGGGGAAAACGGUGGGCUGGGGUCAGGCCACUGACAGGGUGCCUGGAGAGUAAGGGGAGGAUGGUGGGAGGAGAGCUUGAGACAAGGGG